UCGUUCUGCGGCUUCAGCCCCGCUUUAAACAGCAGCUGAGCGCUGAGCAGACAUGAGCACAUCCAAACUUUAACUUUCAGGUCUUUCUCCUCUCUUGCCUGCGCUCCUCUCCUCCCUUCUCCUCCCCUCCCGUCUCCCGCUCAGCUCUGAAUCAGAGGCUGCAUUGGCAGCUGCCGUCUCAUGGAAAUCUAAUUUUGCUCCAAUUUUCGGUCAGUCGGUCAAGUCUGUGGAGGCUAUUGUCGUUUCGCUGCUCCCUUGGUUUUAAUGGUUCACUCAUGCGUCGGGAAUGCCAUGGCCACUCCGAGCGCACAGCAGCAGGAUUAUUUCAGAUCGGUGAGCAGCGAGUCCACCACCUACAUGAUGGUCCCGGCAGGCGGUCCGAACGCGGCACCGCGCCGGGAAACGCCGUCCAAGAUGUGGGUGGCUAUGGUGGUGAUCGUGGUGGUGGUGUUGCAGAUCGCCUCGACCACGGGGCUCUUUGUCUACCUGAAUAUGUCAAUAUCACAGGUGCGUAGCCAGGGAGUGACAGAGGAGUUAAAGUGCCUGAGUUUACUGAAUGCUCUGGAUAAGGACCGGGACAUCCCAGAUCAGCUGGCCCAGCUCUUCGGAGAGCCCUGCAUCAAGCUGGCCGAAGGCAUCAAAGCUUACAUCUCCAAGGUGACAGAGAGCAUCAUUUCAAAGCAGACCUUCAUUGAGGCGAGAACCAUGCCUCGCCAUUUCAACAACUCGGGGUCAAAGUUUAUGAGCCCCGUGGCCCAAAGGCCAUCUGCCCACUUGACCCUCAGAGACACCAGCUCUCAAGGGUUUUCUUCUUCCCCGAGCACCAUGCCAGGUCUUCAUCAGUCCUGCCGCCAUUUGGUCCGCUCAUGGGCCAAUCAGAGCUUAGGAGCUCAUCUGCACAACAUGACCCUGUCUAAUGGAAAGCUCCGAGUGCCCCAAGAUGGGCGGUACUACCUGUACUCACAGGUGUAUUUUCGUUAUCCAUCCCCAGCUGCAAGUGAGGGGGAUCAGCGCAGCGUCAGCCACCAGCUGGUGCAGUGCGUCUACAAGAAAACUUCCUACCCAAGCCCCAUACAGCUCCUGAAGGGGGUGGGAACCAAGUGCUGGGCUCCAGACGCUGAGUACGCCCUACACUCCGUCUACCAGGGAGGACUGUUCGAACUGAGGGCUGGUGACGAAAUCUUUGUCUCUGUCUCUUCCCCCACCAUGGUGAAUGCCGAAGAAUCUGCUAGCUACUUUGGCGCCUUCCGUCUGGACCUCUGAGAGGAAAGGACUGGAGUAAAAAAGAACAGAUGGGGCAACGGAUGGAUGGAUAAACAGAUGGGCUGGAGAGCUAGGGGCCUUUUGAAUAUCCAUUGACUGUGGGGAAAAGGGUCCUAUAGGCAGAAGAGUGAGAUGGAGGCCUGGAUCUUCAGUGUUUGCUUGGACAGAUGCAUUGAAGGAUGGAAGGGUCUGCGUGAAUGAUGAAUGCUGCAAGAGGAUAGGGUGAGGGAAAGUAAAAGUGGAUUUGCCUUUCCUACUCUCUCAAUUAAGAGAAACCUAGCCUUCGAGAUAAAAAGACACGUGCAAUCAUGGAAAACAAAUAAAUGUGAGGACUUUGAUUUAGAGUCGAUUCUUGUGGAGGGAAUUUGCCACGGGGAUUAAAAAAAAAAAAAAAAACAUGACCUUCCAAGUUCACCCCAGUAAUUAGGCUGCCUUGCUGUGUAGAUCUCAACAUAACACAUGACCCUCCAUGUGUUAAAGUGUCAAUGACCUCAUUGUGGGGGAAAAAAAUUAGACCCUUGGAUUUGGAUUUGAAGAAUAUACACAAAAUAAAAACUUUACUCUCUGCAUCGAAGAUGUGAGUAAAGACUGAACGGCUGCAGAUGGAAAUGAUACAAUCAAACCAAAGCAUAAACUUGUGGAGUAUAACUUUUUUUUUUUUUUUUUAAGUGUGCCAUGGGAGUUCUGUACAUAUAUAUGGCAGAGAAUGAGAUUUACACAAGGAACUGUGGUGAUUUUAAUGAAUUCCUUUGUGUUUUACCGUUGACUGGACUUAAAACCACUUGGGGAAUCUGCAGAUUUCUACUCGGAACACAAAAACUGUGGAUAUUAUGCAAAGACUUUUAGUGGAGGAAAAACAAACUGUGGAAAGAGCCAAGAGGUUUUUGAAGAAGAGUCUGCAAGCCAAGGAGAAAUAAAAACAAGGAGGGAGAAAUCUUGUAAAUGUUAAUAAGAAUGAGCCCGGCAGAGAAAGAUUAAAGGACAGAGAGAGAUGCCGAGGGUAGUAUGCAGCCUGACCAGUGUGCCUGGUUGAUGUCUCUUCUCUCUCUUUCACUUUCCCUUGCUUCUUUCUCUCAUCCUUUCAUUUAAACUAUUUUAUCUAUCUUGUCAAACCUGUGAAGCUGCAUUAUAUUUGAGUUUAGGGAGCAGUUAAGCAACCAACCAGAAAGCAGCAAUGUGAGAACAAGAUGACAGAAACACAUGCAAAUAGGCAAGUUGCACAGUCAGAGAGCAUGGGUUAAAAGUGACAUUUAGGUUGGGUUUCAUGGAGGUGCUGUUUUCACUGCAAAUAUUAUGGUUACUUCACAUAAAAAUCUCAAUCUGCAUGCAUGCAAUUAACAUAUUUUCUUGUGUAUGCCAUUAUUUUUCCAGGCACAAAUGCCUGACAGGGUUGCACCACGAAGGGCAUGUGGUGUAAAAAUCUGUACCAAAUCAAAUAUGCGCAUCCACCUGGUGUGACGACCCCUUGUGAAUAAAAGAGCAGCCAAAAGAACCUUUGUCAGUGCUGGCUAGCUAGAAUAUGCCAUAUCUUCCUCCUACCUGCUGUACACUGAUUGAUGGUCCCGCCCCUUCAGCUAGUUAACCCAGCUUCCCAGACUAACCAUUUUAACAGCCGUCUGGGCACUCCAUGCAGCUGUACCUAGCAGAGUGAAAGCACUCAAAGUAGCGAGAUUAAAUAUGAAAGCAUGUCAUUUGAGAAAAAUGCAAAGCAAUAGCAAAAUAACAUCCAUACCUUAAGUUAGAACAAACUCAAAGUAUUCCU